GAGCGCGCUUCUUCCUUCGAGAACAGCCCAACAGCCUCCUCUAUUUAAAGGAAGGGGGAGGGGGAGAUCGGUGGGAAGAAAGUAGGGAAUUGAGAAGGAAAAGGGCAAUAAGAUUGGCUGUUCGUGAGCUGUUUUCUCUGGACCAGCCUUUGGUUGACGCCAGAAACACCAGAUCUCCAAGACCUCACACGGAUCAAGGUUGGUUCUCAGAUUCAGGGGCAGGCUUGUAGAAGCAAGACUAAUUUUGAUGGGGGAAGAAGCACCUGAGCAUCUUUUGAACAGCUUGGAUGGGCAUUUACCUGUUGCUUGUGAUUCUGAAUCGAAAGACUAUCAGACGUCUACCAUUGUUGAUGAUAAGACAUAUGUAGUUGAAGGAUCUGAGGAUGGAGGCAAGUCAUGGAUAAAUGUCAAAAUUUUUGAUAAUUUGACAAGAUCAUGGUUGAUUCCUACUGUCCUGGGUAUGAAACCUGUUCAACUGAAAGGUCACUCGACUCUUCUUCUGAACAAUGGACGGAUAUUGAUUGUAAAGAAGGAUUAUCCAUUGGAUGAUUGCAUCUGGUUUCUUGAGGUGGAUACCCCUUUUGUUAAAGAGCAAAAGAAAUUACUUGGAACAGAAGUAGUUGCCUGGAGUAAGGGUGUUAUUGGCAGUGCCCCAAAACCAAUUGUAAUCAGUGGACCUUCUGGGGUUGGCAAAGGCACCUUGAUAAACAAACUUAUGAAGGAAUUUCCAUCAAAAUAUGGGUUUUCUGUUAGUCACACAACUCGAGCACCAAGAGAGAAGGAAUUGGAUGGAGUUCAUUAUCACUUCACCGAGCGAAGCCUUAUGGAGAAAGAUAUAAGAGAUGGGAAAUUUCUUGAAUUUGCAUCAGUUCAUGGCAAUCUUUAUGGUACAAGUAUUGAAGCAGUUGAGGCAGUUACAGACUCUGGGAAGAGAUGCAUUCUGGACAUUGAUGUUCAAGGAGCUAGAUCAGUGAGGGCAAGUUCUCUUGAUGCUAUAUUUAUCUUUAUCUGUCCUCCAUCAUUUGAGGAGCUGGAGGAGCGUCUACGUGCACGUGCUACUGAGACUGAGGAACAGGUCCAGAAGAGACUAAGAAAUGCCAGAGCAGAGCUUGAUGAAGGAAGAUCUCCUGGUCUUUUCGAUCAUAUUUUGGUGAACGAUGACUUAGAAACAUGCUAUGAGACUCUUAAGAAAUUACUUGCUUCUGAUGAAAACGCUAAUACCCUAAAUCAACCAACUACAAAGAACUUGAAAGUUCAUGUGUCUCACAUGGAAUCUAGGGCAGAUCAAAAAAUCCUUUUACACUGUGGCACUAAUGGCACUGGUGUGAAAGUACCUAGUUUGUUUAUGCUUGACAUAUCAUCACUUAAAGGAGGUGCUCCUGGCCGAACAAGAGGACUCAAUGUAUAUACAGUUGAGUCAUUACGUGAUGGUGUUAACAGGAUCAAACAACUCUGACAUCCCAUGAAUUAAGCAACCGACGGAGGACAUCUGUACCAGCACUGACUCGUUUUUGGACUGAUUUAGAAUGUCACAAGAGCUAUUAAUAUCUGAACUCUUACACUGAGAAAUAUGUGUUUCUGGCAAGCAUUCCAAUUAGGUAGCUGUUCCUAAGAUAUCCGUUACUAUUGUGAGAGUGAUGGACUUUAGCAAGGCAUGAUUUACGAAAUUCUGAUUUUAUAAACAAGAUUUGUGUUCUCAUUCAUUAGAGAUAAAAUGUGAAGAAAAUGCCAAUCUUGUUCUGCGGUUA